UGUUUCCAUCUUUGCAGAGGAGCUGUGGAGAUCUGCAAAUUGACAAGACAAUAGGGACUUCCUCAACCCUAACCACGCUGAACUCAAUAAGAACUGGGCGACAUUUACGGACUCUCCAUUUCCUGCUGCUCCUUCCCCAUCAUCGCAAUCUCCAGCAAACUUUGACUUUGCAUCCAUCUCACCUGAUCCCGAAGCCAAGAUCUUCCAACCUAUUGCACUUCAUGUGAAACCGGAUGGAAAGACAGUCACGAUAGUUGAUGAGGUCACAAGCAGACCAAGAACACAUUCAGAUCCUCUUCGGGCAGAAGGCUUAACCGACGAAGACAUUGAAGAUGACAAAGACUCUGUGUUCACAAUGAAGAAGCGCGCCGCCACAGUGGGAGAGAAGGAAAUGCUUGCCAAGAUUGCCCCACCGCCACCUGUUGAAAGGACACGCAGAGGGGAUAGUUUGGAGCGUGGCAUGGUGGGUUUGCCGUUAGAAGGUCCUGAAGGUCGCAUGAACUACCUGCCUCGAUCUCGCUCCAGUGAGGAACUAGAAAAUCGAUCAUACUCGGGAGCCACCCUCCAGCAGCGCAUACAUGUAUCAGCUCCCCCCUCUAGGCAUACUGCCCUGGCAGAAUGCACAGCAGAGCCCCAGGGGCAGGCCCCCACCCCCAGGGGAGUGGAGCUUCUCCCUCCUGCUUUACCCCCAAGGUAUAAUGGUAUCCACUCUCGGUCCAUGUCUCUAGAUCGCACCCAGCUUGUCUCGGAUCCUGAGAGACAGGUUGUUCCACCAAGACCUACCAUCCCACCAAGACCCAACACCCAGCUCAGCUCUCAUUCCAGUGAGCAAACCUGCUCCUCCUCAGCCUCCAGUAGUCGCAACAGCUACACAUCCUCAGCUGGAGAGGAGGAGAACGCCCCUGACCAGACGGAUUUUGCAGACUUCAGCCAGUUUGAGAGCAUGGCAGCCAGUGAUGGAUCCAUGUUAACAGCCACUGGCCAUGGUGAUUACGUGCCAAUGGAUGAAAUUUCCCCUGGCACAUCCCCACCGCCUCCUCCCCCACCCAGGCAUUCACAGGGUGAUGACCACACUCCUGCCAAGCCAUCAAAAGGGAAUGUGACAUCGCCACAGCUAACUAGCAGAGACCGGUAUAAAUCCAGUGACAUGCUGCAAGCUGAGGAGAAGAGAUCACAAUUUGCUAAUGACAGGAAACGACACACGUCGGCACCAGAGCCAGUUAGGGUGUCAUCAGACCUGAUACAGUGUGACAGGAAGUCUAUUCAGGCAGCAAUCCGGAGGGCGAAAGAGGAGAACACCAAGCUAUCCAGACUGAACAGUGAGCUACAACAAGAACUGAGUCAAAUCACUGAAGAGAGACUCUCCUUGGAGAUAGACCUGAAGAAGCUCCGGCCGUUUGCUGUCACUACGUAGGACUUUCAGCGAGAUUGACUGUUCUCGUGUUAAUCUCACAAGCUAUCUGAAUAUGCUUACCUUUCCCGUCUUGAAUUCUUGAGAGCUUCUUUCUUGUAUUGCUCUGUAAAGGAAUAAGCACAGUUUACUCCAGAAGCAUGAUGGAAGACUAACCUCAUUGGUGUGUUUGUUGAGCAAUCCCCUACCUACAUGUAUGCCUGCUAUAAAGACUGAUUUGGUCGCCAAUUUGUUAGCGUUUGUGGUAGAUUGCUGGGCAUGUUCCCCUUGGUUGAAUGAAAUAAUCUGUAUCCCUGGUGAAAAAAAUACGCUGAGCAAUUUGCUGAUCAUGGAGUAAACAGUAAAAAUUUCUUCUGGUGACUUUGCUUAAGAUUGAUUUUUGUGAAUGUUUUGCUCAGUAAAUGGAUUUACUUGAGAGACAGUGGCCCCGUUUUUCUUGAUACCCUUGCUUGCUUCUUUUACAUGUGAUGCGUAGGCAUUGCUUAGACACACACUGACUUUAAGACUGUAAUCUAUCCUGUGUACAUGCUCAGCUGUAGCUUUGGCUGAGGCCGGUGGCAUGGUUCAGUAAUGGAAGAUAGCCAUAGCCUUUUUUUUCUCACGUGUUCAAAGUUACUCAUUAGAUUAGAUGACAAGUGAAUUUGGCCAGUAAAAGUAUUGUAUAUGCAUCAUGCUGUGACUCGGUGAUCCACCGAGUAAUAGAGAACCGAAGUGAACACGUCAACACGCACAAUUAUUUGUGUAAAAGGCUUUAGCGCAAGAAGAUAUGCGUGAACGAACACGUUUGUGCAGUCCAUAUGUUGCACUACAGCUCUCAGCUGAAAAUGACGUCACAAUUUGGUACUGUCAGGGUAUGAACCCCAGACCAUUUGGUAACUUGUCCAACAUUUUGGUGUUGACUUCCUCUAACUCUAACAUUCUCAGUGCAAUGCAGUUUUUUGUUUUUUUAGCUUUUACUGCGUCUUUGGUCAGAGAUGAUGAAUCUAUUGGGAGCACGUCACAACAGGAUUCUCUGCAGUUGAUGAGGGAACAGCAUGCGAGCAACCGCUUGUCUCUAGUUCAUGUCCUGGCCUAUCCCAAAUCCUUUGCUGAACGCAGUAAUGCUGUCUUUUUGUCUCACCUGAUGUAGUUACCCCCUGAUCAACAUGUUACUCUGCAGAAGUACUCUAGAUAAUGGUUUCAUUUUUCUCUCAGACACCAUUCCCGACACUUUGUGUGGGACGGCUUGUGUAUACGUCUUUAGUUGUGUCUCAGAUUGUGCGCAUUUCUGCAUAAAAUUGGAUUUUUGCCAUGAAAGCCUUCAACCUUACCACAACAUUAAAGUAAAACUCAGUGUAGCUUGGUGCAGGGUUUGGUUGGUUUUGCCUGUGUCGUUUUUGGAGGGGGGCUUGUUCUUUUUCAAGGUUUUUUAAAAAAUCUCCAUCUCACAUUUUCAUUCCCUGAACAUAAGAAAAAGAACCUGUCAUUAUUAUCGGAGGCUGAUUUUUUAAAACAAAUGUGUGGCUGAUGAUCUGGGCUCCCAUGAAGCUUUUGUAUACCAACUUGUUUUACAUUGUUUGCAAACAUCUUGAAUGAUUGGUUUGGUUUGCACCAUGUUCUGCCAUUGUUGUUACUACCUGUAUCGAUGCUGGUGUUUGUUACUGAUAGAGUUAUUCUGCUUGUGCGUAUUUAGUGCGCUCUGUGUCAAAGUCAUCUCUUAAUUGACUAAGGAUGUUUAGGUACUAUACACCCAAAUAUUUAUUGUGCUGCAGUCUAUAGCACAGGCUCCGUAUAGGCAUAACAGUAAACCUAGCCAGGCCCUCCAGACCUCUGAAGAAUGCCAGACAGAACCCUGUGUUCCUUGUUUCCCUUCAGUGGAGUUCUGCUGCUACUUCCUGCUGUCCCCCCCCCAGUCAUUACAUGUGUCAACUACUUUUAAUUUUCACCAGUGUUUAUAUAACAGUGGGAUAUAACAUUUCUUUCAAAGGGACAUCUGAAACGGUUUUCCUGUGUCUUCGAAUAGUCUGUAGAUCGCAGCUUAUGUAGCCAAAGUUCCCCGACUCUUCAAUAGUACAUUUGUACAUGUAUGCGUAUACAUAAACGUAUGUAUCUUUGUAACUGUACAUGUAUGUGAGAGGAGUUUGUGCUAAGCAGACCUGUCCUAGACAUAGAGAUUGUAAUUUGUUACUAUUUUUUAUGCAGUCAUUGUUGAUAGAUCAAUAUUCCUGUCCAUUAGCAGGAAAAAUUGUGUGCUUCGUGGCAUCCUGAAAUGGGCCAUUGUACUGAAAAGCACUAAGUGAAGCAAUUUUUGAGAUUUAAAGUCCAAUGAGAUGUCUAUUCAAAAUCUGCUCCACGUGUGCCAUCAAGCCACAAGUCAGUGAAUGUGACGUGGUGCUGAAAUCAAGAUUUACCCCUCGUUUGCAUAUCUUGCUUUGUUUCGUAAAUGUUGAAUAUGUACAUUUUUUGAAGUAUUGUUUGUUGUGUCACAUGGUGUGUGCUCAGAAGGCUCAGUGCCUGAGAUGGUUGUUAACAUUCAUAUGUACAUUUGCCAUCGUCCUUGUUUACUAGUGUUUCUAUUGUAUUACGGAUAUCCCAUGAUGCUUUUGGGCAAUUAGCCUCUGACAAUUUGUGUGUUACAACCCUUUAGUUAAGGUUUUAAGUGCAGAGCACAUUCUCCUCAGUGCUGCACAAGUUGUCAAAUAUGUCAGCCCAGUUAGGGCCACUCAAACUCUUUGCUUGUCCUUAUUUUUGUGUGCGGAGUUAAUUAGCCCGUAGCUGUACAGUGUAAUCUUGGACGGUCAAGUUGGAUCAAAGUGUGAAUGUCUCCUGCCAUUCAUUGUGACACACACAACUAUUGAUAAUUAGCAAAGCAACCAAUCUUGGUGGGCGGGUGUCUGAAUGGACUACUAGAUUGCUGUAACCAUUGUUGGUUAACUUGAAGGAUAGUCGAGCAACGGCGCAGCCCUGUUGAUGAAGCCUGUUCCAUAGGAUCAUACUUUAUGAUUGUUAGUCGCAUCCUGUCUCAUGGUGCUUCAGCCACCGUUAUUGCCUAUGCUUGUGUCUUAAUGCUAUCACCAUUUUUUUUUCUAGUUUAAAAUAUAACAAAUCUUUUGUGGCAAAAACGUGCAAUUUGGCAGUGUAUGGGGGCGGGGCAACAUGAGUUAAACCUACCUUUGCUGCCUAGACUACACUGUCUAUGAGUUUAACACUGAUGUAAAGGAAUAUACAUGUACGUGUAUAUACUCCAUUGCUACAGUACCAGAGCAAGGACAUAGAUAGAAAUGCAUUCGUGUGUACAAGAUUGAGUACAGAAAGAGCCAUGAGAAAACAGAUUCCAAACUCAAGUUUGCUCAACACUAUAUAGGAAGGUAAACUAUCCCUGCAGAUUUCCAAGUUGCAUCACUGUGCUUUGUACAACCUUGAAUUGACAAGGGCAAUCCCUAACAAAACAGCUUUAAUAUAGUCAAACCUCAUUAAUAAGAACACUGUUAGCACAAGAUUCUGUUUAUAACAAGGACAUUUUAAAGUCCCCAUCCUUUUGUUUUUCAUUGUUUUCAUUCUUGAUGAUACAAGGUUUCUGUCAUAACAUUGAAUUUGCCAAGUCCGAACAACCUCUUAUUAACGAGGUUCAACUGUAUUUCUAAUAGAGCCGUAAGUUUGUACAUGUAAAUGGAUGUAAGUGUUCAUGCACAUUGUAUAUUGCCCUGACGGUUGGAAACAAGUGCACAUUCCUCAGAGGAACGUACUGAAGCACAUUGAGGCCUAUUUUUCAAUUGAAAAAGUAUAUUUAUUUAUUCCAAAUAUACGAACAAACUGUUCAUCUACUAUAAUAUUGGUGUCUUUGAUAUGAUGGUGCUGGAACCAUUGAGUGAUUCAACGUGGGCAUUGUAUGGAGGGCUGUGAAGUCCUGACAGAUGAAGUUAUAGGUGUGAUAUAUUCCCCCCCCCAUUUUAUGAGUGAAGACAGGGUCUGUGUUAUCCCUCAUUGAUUGAUAGUAUAUGCCAGAAGUCAUGUUUGUACAAGUUUAAUUCCAUACUUGGUUUUACAGAUAAAUCUGGUGACUAUGGAAACACUGUCACUGGUAGUUUGCAGUAGCAUUGUCCAAUAGGGGUGGUAAGCGUUGUGAUAAUCAUUGUAUCGAGCCACUGUUCCAUGAUAGUUCCUCCACACAGAACCCACUAUAAAAAGGGGGCCAUUAGGAAUGUCCAUGAUUCAUCUCGAGGAAUGUGUGUGGCAGAUAUGACCAAUCAAUUCUUUGUAAACCUUUCCUUUAGAAUUGAUGGUUCUUUAUUUGAACAAAUUCUUCAGAGAACUUUUAGGGGUCCAGAACAUGCUCACUAUGCUGUAUAGAGUAGACCUAUUCAUAGUGCUCAUGCGGGGCCUCACGUCUGUGUCCGAGUCGUCUUUAUGUCUGCAUGCAGUAUGUGGACAAGGCUUUAUUUAACCCGGUUUGUUCUUCUAAGAAAAGUUUGCAACAGCAUGACUGUUGCAGCUUCAUUCUUUUCUUCCCAUGCAUUUUUUUCUCUUGAUAAUUUUUGCUGCAUUUGUUCUUCAAGUACUUAAAUCUAAAUCUGUUGCCUCCAUGUUGUUUUGGAAUUAUGAGAUCAAACCUUGGACUUGAACUUCAGACUGACAGAUUUGAAAUAAAACUUGAUGAGCAACUUACCAUGUAUAUGUUACUGAAAUGUGGAUGGGAUAGUGGAGUUAACAGUGAAAGGAAUUUGAAAAAAAAAUUAUUAUGCUAAUUUAAAUAAAUAAGUUAAUUUUUCCAGUGUUACUCAUUAAUAUUCAAGAGUAAGGCUUGGUAACCAGUGUAUUUUGGAGAUGGAAAGAUAAUGUUCAGAGGGAUCCAAAAUGUACUUUUAAUGGCCGUUGCAUGAAUUUUAGGAGUUUGUUUUUAUCCAAAUUACCUAUGUAAAACAUUAAGAUUGGAUUUCCUAUGAAGUUAUUUCUGAUUUCUUUGUGAACACUGAUUUCAAGGAAAAGAUAAAGGAUGAAGCAUUUUGAUUUCAUAAGUUGUACCUUUUUAAAUCGAUGAACCAUUGAACAGUGGAUUCACUUUUUUCACACGUCCUGAUUGUUAUUCAUUCCAUCAUUUGCCAGAAAAUAAGGUCAAUUAAACUAAAACAAAAUAUGCAAGAGAAAAAAAUCUCACUGUAGAUAUUGGGGUUUCAAAAACUGUUAAUGCAUCAGUGCCAGUCAUUUCUAAUAACUUACCCUAACCCCCUAGGGUGUAUGUAAAAUCUAUUGAAAUCGGAGGAUUUGGGACUGUUAGGGAUUGCUCAUGCUUUGCUGCAAUGUUUACCGUCCAGUUCCGGAUUGACUUUUCAUCUGCUUGACCAAAGCAUUACUGAAGCUUAAUACUUUGAAUGUAUCUAAUAGACGGGUAGUGUGUUUAUUUGGAGGAAAAAAAAGUGAAUGCAUAAGACUUUGGAUACUGCAUCUCAGUGUUCUCGGAAGAUGUUUGGUUGCUAGGGCUACUGAAACAUAUUCAAAAUAAUUUUUUCCCAAUUUGGAACACUGUUAGCAAAAUGAACAUUAUGCAGCCAAAUGUGCAGUAGAAUACACAUUUUGGUGUUGGCAUGGAGGUUUUUUCAUUCUCCCAAGUAGAUGCCAACAUAUUGCACAGGCCUUACGAGAGAACUUUUUAAGACUUUUUUUGGACAAUUUCAAAUGAACUUUCAAAUGAAGGAUACGCUGAUGGUGUCUCAAAGAGUGACUCAAAGAUGUUCAGUAGGUGGAGAAAGUUUUGGUGCAGAAAUAAAUGUUAUAUAUUAUGAAUUGAGGAUUUACGUCUAUUGUCAGCAGCAAUCUAAAAUUUGGUGAUUUUGGGCAAAUCUGUGCAGCUUUGUAUGCAGAAGAUACAGACUGAGAGAUUUUACUGGAGCGUAAGUUUCUUCAACAUUAACACAAUUAUAGGGACACACAGUAUAUUGGUUUUCACUUGAAAAAAAAAGCCAGCUAUUUUCAAUACCUAAAUCUUUGUCUCGGACUUUUAGUUUGCUGUUGUGGCUAAUCUCUGCCCAGGCCACACUUAAGACAUCAGUGAGAUUAAAAACCUUUAAUGCCCAAGCAAGCAUGCCCAAUGUGUAUACUUUGUAAAUUUGCUAUAUUGUAUAUGUAUAAUAAAUUUCAAUAUAUCCUCUUAGACGAAAAGACCCAGUAGUCUGAAACCUCACAGAGAAAUGUUGAUAGUGCAACAUGAAAUGUGCUCAUCAUUUAGAUGAGAUUCCAGAAGGUUGUUAGAUGAAACAUACAUCUAGCAUUGCCACAUUAAAAAACAGUUGGUAAUAAAGUAAUAAAAUAAAGAAAAAUUUAAUAUUUA